AUCCCCCUAUGACUGAUAUCUCCUAUGACGUACUAAUAUGGCGUCUUAUACGAUCGAAUGUAAACGUCAUUUACAAACAGUUCCAUCAAAUGCGUUUCUAUUAAUUGAUUUUUCGGCAGUUAUACUUCAUAAGUUUCAGUGAUUCCAUUAUCGUGCAUUAUUGUGCUGUGAUUUCUCGAAUCGUUGUUACUGACACAUGUAACAAAAUCUCCCAGUGACAGAUAACCUAAAAAAAAAAUGGAAGAGACGUGCUUGGACGACGGACCUGCGGCAAAUUUUGAAACGGCCACAUUGGAAAUCUCUAAAGAUAUUGACACUAUCAAGUCAACGACAGAAGGCAGUGAUGACACAACGAAACAGGAUUCAUCUUCGAGAAAUGUGUGUAAUGUGCCUUUUAGGCAUAUAGAUGUUCAUACAUUCUUUACUGAUAGGAACGAAGUUGUAGAAAGAGCCAUACAUGACUGCACUGAGAGGCUCAUCAAGGAAAACAAUGAGGAACUUGUGGGAAGCUGGCUUCUGACAGAAAUAAGUCUGUGGGAUACAGAAAAGGAGAGACUUGUGUUACUAGCAACGAAGACUCUUUACUCUGUGAAGUAUGACUUUAUUUCCUUGAAAAUACUUGAUUACAAUCACGUGCCCUUACUAUUACUGGAUACGGUAGUAACAGGGGAAUUGAUUUAUCCAUCUGCAUCUCUUGCUCCACGAUUAAGUGGAUUGGCAGAAGGUGUGUCGUCCAUAAUUCAAUGUGCAGUACGCCAAGAGUGGUCGUCUGUCGCAGGUUGUUCUGGUCUUACUCAAUUUGAGCCUAGGAAACGACACAUGUUGGGAAUGAGACUUAUGUGGAACAGAGGACAGCCCUUGCCUCUGAUAAAAAAGUGGAAUCCAUUUGCCAAAGAUAUACCUUGGCUCACUUAUGCUAGUCAUCCAUUGUUCUGGUAUAAAGCAGGAACUGAAGUUAUCAAGACGAGAUUUGAUGUAGAAGUCUUUCAUUCCAUGCUCAAAAAUUUAUUACCGCAUGAAUGCAAUGUUGUUAAUACGCCAAUCAUUAUAGAGAAUUACUGUGGAGUCGGUGCCUUAGUGCACAAUAGGAAUGGUUUAGGUUUCUUUAAGAUACGCGGCAAAGUCAGUUUCUAAAUUCUCCGAUCUCAUUAUAGGAUUGCAAACGCUACGAGGUACUUCUUUAAGCUUAAUAUUUUUUCUGACUUCUCUUAGGAUUAUUCCUACUAGAUUACACUUGCAAUCUUGUACAGUAUUUACAAAAGAAGCAAUUGCUAUUGCAAUGCAUGCUUCUAUAUAAUAAAUUAUAUAUUAAAAUAAAAUCUACGUAUGUACACAAUACGCUGUUAGGUUUGCUUGAUCAAUUAUUUUUGUAAAAUAUAGCCUGACAUUUUGAAAUACUAAGCCUAUAUUUCAACGAUAAUAAUUUCCACUACUUGAUUAUUACACAUUCUCAAUAUAUAAUAUUGUGUUUAGACUUACUAUGUAUUAUAUAUUUAUAUUUGGCUGUGUGUGCUAAACUUUUCAUGAUUAUCGAUAAGAACACGAAAGUUCGUAUUAAAGUUUUUAAAUAUUCUAUUAAGAAUUCACUUGGUACCUGGAUUAUCUUGUGAGAAUUAUAAGGAGAAAGAGAGAGAGAGGAAGAGAAUAUCUGAUGUAAUCUCUUGUCACAAGACUAUGUAAUGUACUUAUAUACAAAUGUGCAAUACAAUGCUUUUAUUUCUGAGCAAACAAUAAAUAAAAAAUUUUAAUCUUUACAAAUUUAAAGGGCACAUAGUAGCGUAUUUUAAUACGGGCAAAAAGAGCAAAUAUCUUUGAUGAAUCGAAAGAAAAGUCUUGUAUUGAAUCACAUUAAUAUAAUUUUUUAUCGGAAGUUUAUUAUAUUAUAUUAUUGUGGCAAAAAAUUGUCGUAAGCUUGCAAGCAUUUCUUAUUGCUCACUUAUGUUUACAAUGUAAGAGAAGAUAUUAUUUUUCUGAGAAAUAUUGAAAAAUAAAUACGCGUCAUCACUCCAACAACGAUAAGGCAGGCGACCAUAUAUUCCAUAAAAUUGUUUGUUUUUCUUAAUUGUUUUACUCGUUUGCACAAUAUCCACAAUUACGUUAUUCCGUGUUAUAUGAAACAAUACAAUUUUAUAUCUUUAUUAUAUAUGCGCUCUCUUUCUUCGAAUUAACCUGAUUUUUUAAUACACUACCUUUGUUUCCACUUUUAAAUUAUAGGACAUAAAUCUUUGUGUGUGUGAUGCAAAUUAUUAAUAUUUCACAUGGAAAAAAGUUCAUAUAUGCCCAUACAAAAUUAGCUAUAUAUGGAUUUUGCUCAAACAUGAUCAUAUGCCAAAUAUAUCUGCCAAAUAUAAUCAUAUAUGAUGCCAUAUAUGGUUGAUAUAUACGAUCAGAUCUGAGAAUCACGCUUUUUUCUAUAUCCCUUCAUAUAUGUUUAGAUAUAAAUAAAUACGAGGAGAAAUGGGUUUCAGGGGAUUUGUACACUCACAAUAUUAACUUUCAAAUUGUAUGAUGUUUGUAUAUUGUAUAUUGUGUUUCAUAACUAACGAUUAGUAAUUAUGUUAUUUCUUAAUGAAAACCAAAUGGAAGUUUUUAUCUAGAAAUAAUGUUACACUAUUUUUAUCAUUGCAAAUUGUACAACACUGUUUUUGUGACACUUGUCACUAUUUUUAUCAUUGCAAAUUGUACAACACUGUACAAAAUCAUAUAUAAUUUCAUAAAAUCAUAUAUAAUUUGAGAAAAUAUCACAUGUGCAAAUUUCCUCGCGCUUUUAAAGACAAUACAUAAAUUUCGUGAAAUAUUAUAUAUAUUUUAAACAAAAACAAAAUUACAUUUUAACUUAU